AUGACGAAAUGGACACCUUUGAUCGCUGCUUUAAAACAAAGAAAUUAUGAAGACGCCUUGAAAGAACUCGCUGUUAUUAAAAAUUACGAUGAUUUGCAAGAUGCGUUACAAGUAAUUCCAUUCAAAUCCCUUAAUCAGGAUUUGCCUGCGAGCUUAGUGCUGUUAGAGAACUUAUACACGAAGUUUAUGUCGUUAGCAAACGACAAGGAGGAAGGCAGGCUGAUAAUACGUCAUGUAUUUAAAGCAGAUUUACUCUUAAAAAACUUUAUUCGAUAUGAAGUGGAAAGUGUUUUAGUCGAGGGACUGGAGCGAGACUUAGAAUGCAACCAUUUGAUUGGUCACAUAACCCAGGUCACGUGGGCAAUGGACAAAAGUUUGGUGGACGAACUAAUGAGUUACGGUGCAAGGCUAAAAUCAGCUCUUGAACAUUAUCAGAAUAAUAAAACUUUAGUGACUGGCUAUGGUUUCGGAGUUGAUGAUAUAAAAAGCAAUCUUCAAUCUUAUCUGACUAAGUAUCAUUCUUUUAUACGUCAUCUCGACUCCCUUACCAAAGCAGGGACAAGGAAGCACAGUGAAGGUAAAGGGUAUACAGUUAUAUAUAAAGAGGGAUAUGAGACUCCAAGAAAGAGUAGUACAACACGGCACAAUGCAGGCCAUCUCUCGCGGUCACGGUCAUUGGUCGGGGAUAUUACUUCACAUCGAGGUAGUGUAGAGCAAGUACGCAAGAGAGUGAUGUUUAAUCAGGUUGUCCUGGAUGUUAUCGAACCUUGUAAGAAGGAUAUUGAACAAGGACCGCGCUUGCUACAGAAUUUGAGAGAACUGGUGGAGAAUGACAAUAAAGUAUGUUACCCAUUAUGUUAUAUAUACAGUCGUACAUCUCUCAUACGGAUUGACUGAAAUUACAUAGCAAAAACUCCGUAUUAGAGAGGUGUUCGAUUAUAGAGAUGUCUAUAAGAUUCAACUAUCAUACAGUAUAAGACUCGUUUUUUACGCACAUAGGAAUCAAGCAUUGACGACAGUAGAACAUAGAGUAGCCGAUGCGCAAAUAACGAAUCUUGUACUUUAGUAUAUCAUUUACAAUAAGAUGUAUCGCAUAAACAUUUUGCUAAGGUUUGUGUAGGAGUCCAGGUUUAUAAAUUCUCGUGUACAUCCAGGAAAAAUCUUAUAAGUCAAGUCUAUCCUGAAGUUUUGUAUACCCAUGUAACUGGACAUGAUAUUCUAUUGAACACUACCUGGGGCUCAUAUUUAAGAUAUUAUCAACGUUAGUAUAUUCCUUUACAAUAUUUUACACAUUUUUUUAGUUUUUGGAAGUUAUAUCAGAACUUUCUUCGCAUAUUACAAGACCGUGCUUCGCGCACAUCAAACUGGAAAAGAUUUUUGGUUCUUUUGUCAAUUCAUAUGACGGACUUCUCUCUGUAGUGUUGUCUGAAAAGGAACCUCACCCAGCUGAUCAAAAGUCAGUUAAAAAAGAUGUUGAAACCUCUGUCAAAAAGGACGUUGAAAUUUCCGUCCAAAAGGUGGAGGAAACGGACACUGGUCUGGUUAACCACGGGCUCAAGACUGACGUCACGACAUCGUCGCCGUUUCGGCGUCGCAUCGAUGGAAGGCGACCUCUUAGAACACAUUCAUGUAGGGAACCACGUUCAGGUAACAUCUGUCUGUUCUUCAUGACAUCUAUGACCAGUUACUGGCCGUUACUCUCUAGUAUUAAUGUCCCAGUCUUUUCAUUGUUUUGAAAAUCUUAUUCUAUACCAUCCAGUUAUUCAUUGUAGUAAGGUUUAUCCGAAAGGGUCUAAUAUAAAUGUAGGUGAGACAAUGAUUUGAGGCCAAGACUGGCAGUUUGACAAUGACCUUUAUAAAAAGUCAUAAAUAUUACAUAAAUUUAUAUUUGUUAUAGCUAGACUCUUAAUUUUCGCAUGGCGUAUUCCACUGCAUGUUUUGCAUGAAGAAUUUGUUCUUGUAUAUGUUUACAAAACACCACCUUUGUUAAUUUAAUUAAUGCUUUGUAGUACAAACAGAAAAAGAAAUAUGAUGUUUUUCACUUCUUUUGUAGAAGAACGUGCAGGAGCUUCAAUCACAGACAACAACGAGGCUGAACAAUCAAAAUUCCAAGAGACAUUAGCAACGAGAGACAAGCAGCUAGCAGAAACACGAACUCUUGUGAAAAACUUGAAGAAACGAGAGGAACAGUUGUUAGAAAAGUGAGAAUUUCCACGAAAAAGAGAUUUCUCCAUUGCUACCCAAAUGUUCGGUUACCUUUGUUCCCAAUCUCAUACCCGCAGGCUAGGGGUUCGAGAUUGCUUUGUUCCAUUCCAUUCUAUGCUAAGUGAUCGAAUCAGCAUCAUAAGUAAUAGUUUUUGUUAUUUUUUCUUCCAGGUUGACAACGCAAGCAAAGAACAAUUUAAUGAAAAGUGAGAAAUUCGAAAGCAUUUCUGACGAGUUGCCACGAACAGAACAGCUUAUCAAACAAUAUGAUGAUCUCUACUCACAAUUACGGCUGGAGGCGAUGGACGAUUUGGAUAAUAUCGAAAGCUUGAAUUCUCUUGAGAAGAGUGAUAAAAUUAAAUCACAGAUAUCAUUUGCUAUAAUGACGGUAAGAUAGCGUGGGGGUAUUUUAAUUCGGGGUAUACCUACGCGAGGGAGAGAAUGGUUCUUACUGGACCUUUAGGAAGAACAGUUUCGAACUGAUUGAGUUAUUCAUUAUACGACAUUUGUUCCAUGUAAAGGCCGAUUUACACUACAAAAACCUUUGCCUAAAACUGUCGCAUGCAACCUGCUUACAACUUCAGUUGUACUCUGCAAAUCAAACACACAACUCGCCUACGACAACUUAGGCGAUUUGUAGUAGUAAGUAGGUUAGUUGUGUAGUGUACUUAAAAGUACUCAGCCCCCCUGUUGGGCACCUUCCAGUGGACUGGGGGAUUAAUAGUGAAAUAUAACGCUACUCUAAAGAUGUAUAAUCUCUUUAGGUUUCUUUUCACCUUGCUGGACAAGAACUAGAAAUAAGACGCAGGAAAAUUUACUCUCUCCUUGGUGUCGACCUGAAGAAGUUAGAAAAUGGAAACUCUGCUUCUCUGACCAACGAGAUUUUGCUACAGUUAAGGAAGUCUGCUGCUGAGAUAGAUCUCAAACAUGUUGUUGAUGUAAGUAGUGGAAAUGCUGAUGGAAUUGUACACACGUAAAAACGGACAAGUUGUAAUAAAGCAGACUUGUAGCAAUGUUGUUUCAACAACUUGUCAACAGAAUGUGUUGGCACUGCUUGUUCCCAGCUUGUUGACAAGUUGUCAGCGGUUUGUUGACAACUUGCUACAAGGUUGUUGAGCUCAACAGACUUGUUACAAUUUGUUCCAACAACUUGUUACAAUUUGUUCCAACAACUUGUUACAAUUUGUUCCAACAACUUGUUACAAUUUGUUCCAAACACUUGUUAUCAUCGGUCAAUCUAACAAUUUGUUAACAAGUUAUGAGUGUCAACUUGAUAAAAUAACAGCAUUGUUACAAGCUGAUGUGCUCGUUGCGAGCACAUCUUGUUGACAAGUUGUGAGAUUUAAUUUUACGUGUAUUGAGUUGAUUAUCUGAGUGGUUGAUCUGCAGAGAGAUUAUUUAAUCGACUGCAGAAAGUAUCAUAAGGCCGCUUUACGUUAAGCUCGCUUUAUCACACACGCAGGAUGAGCGAAUUUGUUAUAACAUCUCAGUCUCACACCUUUAUUCAGAAAUGUUGAAAGAAAAUAAUUAACAUAAUUUUCUCGAUAUAACUACUGCGCGGUUGACCAUCAUAGAUUGGCUACGACUAAUACUAUCGUGCAGUAGAUAUAAAACCACUUUAUAUCGCAUGUAUAUAGUUCUGACUAUGUAUGAACGUAUACUUUGUGUUUAGGAGGUUAUGGAAGGAUUGUGUUCAACAAUGUUUGAUUUCCCAGAGCUCAGGUCAUGUGAAGAAUUACGCCACUUCGCGGAGGCCUGUGUACGAUUCUCUUGGACUAUAUCCACUCAUGUUCCACCGCUGGUCAUUAGUUACGAUGCCACAAGCUUUACGUCAUCAAUGCAAAGCAAGUCUCAUAACUCGGAUAAAGAUUGUGACUCAAUAAGAUAUCACGUCUGGCCUACGUUGUUAGACAGUCAAACCAAGUCAGUUUUAUUCAAAGGCAUUGUGACAACGUAAUUACGAUAUUAGAAAGGUUCAGAUUUGACUUCCAAUAUUGCUACUUCUCACAAGCUUACUGCGCAUUUGAUUGGUUAAUCGGAUAGAAUAAAUGCAUCUGAUUACGUAAUGGUAUUAACAGUAGCGGUAGUGAAGUCAUAAUCUUUGGCCAGGGACGUAGCGAAGCAUCUGAAGUUUGGGGGAUGUCGGAAGAUUUUACCUGAAAUUUGAACUUCAAUGUUAAAAAUUUAUCUGAAGUGUAGGAAUUAUAAUAGAGCUUUUUCUGCUUGAUUUGCACUGUCAUACUAAGUUUCCAAAGAAAAGAUUCUAAUGAGGAUAAUGGAUUUUGGUAUUUACGAUCCGGUGCUCAUGAGCAUAUUGGAUUUUGGUACAUGUAUUAGCGUGCUCAUGAGAAUGUACCAAAAUCCGGUAUGCACGCUUAUGAGCACGCUCAUAUAUACAUUCACGAAAAUCACGUAGUGUGCUCAUAAGCAAGCUCACGUUUAUCUCCCUUUUGAAGUUAAUGUAAAUCCGCAGGAUUAUGUAUAAUAUGUACAGAUAUUGAUUAAACAUGUAUUUAUUUUGAAAAUUUCGCAUGAAUUAUUAAUUAGUUUGAUAAUAUUCGUUACCGAAUAUUUGGCCCAUGGCAGUUGGUGUCACAAUCCACAGUUCACAAAGUUUAUCCAAUUUAUCAAAGUUCACAGCCACAGAGUGAGUGGCUAUAUAUAUGAGGAAUGUUCAUCCCAAGUUCUUGGACCUAGCUUAUGGCUAACAUGUGGAAGGUAAACCAACUCAAAAGUUGCGUCUUAAUUUAUUGCUAUUUAGUUUUAUACCUCGUUGAUAUUUUAUCGAUAGCUUACAUUCUUCC